UGUUUAGUUCCAGUACCAUAAUCAGUAAAAGCGAUAGCAUUAUAAAAGUGGUGGUUUCACUACAAGACAUAAAAAAAAAAAAGCGAUAGCAUUGGCAGUGAAAGCAUGAUGAGCAUGGAGAUUUGUUCAAAUAUUUCCAACACAAUUAAUACGGAUUUAUUAAAGUUUAAAUUAUUAUAUUUCAACACUGUUGGUAGUUUUGCAACACUGAAGUCAUACAUUCCGCUGUUUAUGAAGCAGCUAGGACUAAAGCCCAAUCAAGUCGGUGUUUUACUUGGUGCUAACCAAAUUGCAGGAUUCUGUGUAGCAUUAGCUGUUGGAUUUAUCGUGGACAAGUUCAGACUACGUAAAACAAGUCUCAUUGUGUGCAGUUUGCUAAUGUUGUUGUCAAUAUUAUGGCUAGCGUUUGCAUUCUCAGAAAAUGUUCACGAAUCUUGUGAUGACAUUCAUGUAAAAUUUAACCGAAGUUUCUCCUUGUUUUGCAACAUGCAUCCGACAUGUACUGAUGAGCAAUUCAUUGCGUCCGAUCGUUCGUGGUUAUACAAGCAGGGGGACGUGCAAACCUCCUUUUACAAACUGUGUGUUUUUUUACUACCAUUUGAAGUUUUUAUCAUAAGUAUCUAUUCUCUAAUUGAUGUGUUUACAAUGAAUGCUCUCGAGGAAGAAAUUCACAAGCUUCCAUAUCAAAGAUCGUUUGGUGCUCUAGGAUUCGGAUCCAUCCUAUUUGUUGCUUCCUGGAUAACACCAACUGCAACAGCUUAUUACUGUGGGAUCAAUGUUAGCAAUGUGAAUUUCACACCGAUGUUUGUGUGUCUCUUUGUAAUGGUACUGCUCACAGUUCCACUAGUUGUCAUCAUCAAGCCGGAGGAGAUUCAAGUAAAUUUCGACAAAACGACAAACAAUGAAACUUGGGUUGGUAUCAAAGAAUUCUGCAAAAAUGGACGCAAUGCAACGUUUAUGUUAGCCGGUGGUGUUCUUGUCGGUUUUAUUUAUGGAUUUAAGAUGGCUUAUGCGUUCUGGAGAAUAGACGAUCUUGGUGGAACAAAACGAAUGUUAGGAUUUGCAGUGUUGUUCCAUGGAUUGGCAGAAUUCGUGACAGGUCUAUGUGCAUCACGAUUAAUACAAACUCUUGGUUGCCUCAAGAUCGUAAGUUUUGGAGCGUUCAUGUUUGCAGCAGAUUGCUUUGGAUACGCCGCGAUGCGUAAUCCAAAUUGGACACUAUUACUUCAGGUUUUAGAAGGAUUUGCGUUCUUUUGCACCUAUAUAUUGGGAUUGGUGUACAUUGCUGAGACAACUCGUCCUAGAUGUCAAGCCGCUGUUACGUUCAUGUUCAGUUCCAGUUACUUGUGUUUGGGUCGGAGCAUGGGCUCAGGUGUUGGCGGGUUGCUAACUGGAGAAUUUGGUGUGGAGAAAGCUUUCUAUAUGAUGUCAGCCCUUUCUGCAGUCAUCACCAUCAUUCUCGGAACGUUAGAUUGGCUAUACAGGCACAAAACUGACGAAUUAGAAUCAUAUCAGGAAAACACGGGUGGAGAUCAGACGGCACUUCUUGUUCAGAAAAGUGGAAGUACAAAUGAUGAAGAAGUGGUAGACUACGGGACGUGAAAGUCUAAGUCUAUCUUAUGAAUUGAAAUAUUUUAAAAAGAAACAGCGAUUCUUUAAAAAGUGUACAGCAUAAAAUGUUGAAAAUGUUGUAAAUUAUGAAUUUAGUGAAGCUUAGUACUAAUAUUUAAAAAUGAUUACUGUAACUUAUAACUUUAUUCUCUGUGAAUGGGAAUUUGAAAUUUGAUCAAAUUUACAAGGUA